GACGCAGCGGUAGGUUGAUUCAAUUUUCCCGCGCUAAUCGAUCAAUUGACGAAGAACAUCAUGAAAUUGAGUCCGAGAGAAGUGGAACAGCUAGGUCUACAUAAUGCGGGAUUUCUAGCGCAGAAGCGUCUUGCUCGUGGCGUGAGAUUGAAUUACGCUGAAGCUGUAGCACUAAUUUCCGCACAGAUUUUGGAGUUUGUUCGUAAUGGCGAGAAGAGCGUGGCGGAUCUGAUGGAUUUGGGGAAAACACUGUUAGGAAGGAGAUUAGUUCUUCCUGGUGUUCCGCAUCUUUUGGAUUACGCUCAGGUUGAAGGAACUUUUCCCGAUGGGACUAAGUUAAUCACUGUUCAUAAUCCCAUUGAUUCAGAGGAUGGGAAUCUGGAGCUAGCGUUGCAGGGCACUUUUCUUCCAGUUCCUUCGUUAGACAAGUUCCCUUCGUUGGAAAGUAGCACAGUGCCUGGCGAGAUUAUCUGUGUUGAUGGUGAGAUUGCAAUCAAUGUUGGGCGGAAAGCUGUAAUACUCAAGAUAAACAAUAAGGGAGACAGACCAAUUCAGGUUGGCAGCCAUUAUCACUUUAUUGAGACAAAUCCUUCCUUGGUAUUCGAUCGAUCUAAAGCUUAUGGCAUGCGCCUCAACAUAUUAGCAGGAUCAGCAACACGAUUCGAGCCAGGGGAGCAGAAAUCUGCCACUCUUGUAGCUAUUGGUGGUAACCAAGUUAUCAGAGGGGGAAAUGGCAUUGCUGAUGGUCCAGUGGAUGAUUCCAAGUUGAAAGAAGUGAUGGAAGCUGUGCAUUCAAGAGGAUUUGGAGAUUUGGAAGAAAAAGAUGCGAGAGUAGGUGUCACUGGAGACAAGGACGAUGUAUUCACGACGAGAGUUUCUCAUGAGGAUUAUGCGAACCGGUAUGGUCCUACUACCGGUGACAAAGUUCGACUCGGUGACACAGAUUUAUAUGCUGAAAUCGAACACGAUUUCUCCCUUUAUGGAGAUGAAUGUGUAUUUGGCGGUGGAAAGGUUAUUAGAGACGGAAUGGGCCAAUCAUGUGGGCAUCCACCGGCUUCAUCUCUUGAUACUGUAAUAACCAAUGCAGUGAUCAUUGAUUAUACUGGAAUUUUCAAGGCAGAUAUUGGUAUCAAAGAUGGCUUCAUUUCCAUUGGAAAAUCUGGCAAUCCUGAUGUCAUGGAUGGAGUUCGUCCUAACAUGAUCAUUGGGCUCAAUACUGAGGUUAUAGCUGGAGAAGGCUUGCUGGUUACUGCAGGAGCUAUAGAUUGUCAUGUGCACUACAUAUGCCCUCAAAUGGUACACGAAGCGAUAUCGAGCGGCAUCACGACACUGGUCGGAGGUGGAACGGGGCCUGCUGAAGGAAGUUGUGCUACUACUUGCACACCAUCCCCAGUGCAGAUGAAGAUGAUGCUGCAAUCCACUGAUGAACUUCCCCUGAACUUUGGCUUUACAGGAAAAGGGAACAGUUCGAUGCCAGAUGAGAUACAUGAAAUUAUAAGGGCGGGUGCGAUGGGAGUGAAGCUACAUGAAGAUUGGGGAUGUACUCCUGCUGCUAUUGACAAUUGUUUAGCUGUGGCAGAAGAAUAUGACAUCCAGGUGAACAUUCAUACUGACACCUUGAAUGAGUCUGGAUUUGUGGAAGAUACCAUUGCAGCUUUUAAAGGAAGAACUAUACACACAUACCAUAGUGAAGGAGCUGGAGGUGGACAUGCUCCCGAUAUCAUUAGAGUGUGUAGUGUGAAAAAUGUACUACCGUCGUCAACUAAUCCAACACGACCCUUCACGAGCAAUACUAUAGAUGAACAUCUUGACAUGCUGAUGGUGUGCCAUCAUCUGGAUCGCAACAUUAAAGAAGAUUUAGCUUUUGCUGAAUCAAGGAUAAGAGAGGAAACAAUUGCUGCAGAGGAUAUUUUGCAUGAUAUGGGAGCAAUCAGUAUCAUAUCUUCUGAUUCACAGGCUAUGGGCCGCAUAGGAGAGGUGAUUUGUAGAACAUGGCAAACUGCGCACAAAAUGAAGCUGCAAAGAGGACCGCUUGAUUCCAAGAAACCGGACAACGACAACCUUCGGAUCAAGCGAUACGUCUCGAAAUAUACAAUAAAUCCAGCCAUAGCAAACGGGUUUUCUCAAUAUAUUGGUUCAGUGGAGGUAGGUAAGUUGGCUGAUCUUGUCCUGUGGAAGCCAUCCUUUUUUGGGGCAAAACCAGAGAAGGUGAUUAAAGGUGGUACAAUUGCUUGGGCGAACAUGGGCGAUCCAAAUGCAAGCAUUCCUACACCCGAACCGAUACUGAUGAGGCCAAUGUAUGGAUCAAUUGGGAAGGCAGGAAGUGGGAACUCAAUUGCCUUUGUCAGCAAGGCGAGUCUUAACGCGGGAGUUAAGGCCAUGUAUGGUCUAAACAAGAGAGUUGAAGCUGUGGGGAACACAAGGAUGUUGACAAAACUUGACAUGCAAUGGAAUGAUGCCCUUCCAAACAUAACUGUGGAUCCCGAAAACUACGACGUAAUAGUAGACGGCGAUGUUCUUACCUGCCCGCCCGUCUCGACCGUGCCACUUUCGACCAGCUACUUCCUUUUCUAGACUUGGUUCUGCUCCUGCCAUUGGCUUACCCUUAACGUUUCGGUGUCUGUUAGUUUGUAACUAUGUUUGAUACCGAGACCAUACAUAUAAUAAGCGAAGAUAUGAGUUAUGUGAUAGGGAGGAAUGCCAAUGUUUAAAAGUAAAAUGAAUAAAGGCAUACCAUAUUGUUCCAUGUA